UGUUUGUGACAACCAAUUCAGUUGAUUAAAUUUUUUACGGCGUUGGGUUGUGCGGCGGUUCUGUCGGUAGUGAUGGUGUAUUUUUGUAUAUGUUAAUAUGAUCUGCUGUGGAUAAUUUGGUCUUAAAAAAUUGCGAAAAGCCAACGCGACGCUAAAUCAAAAAAUCGACAAACGCUAAAAAAAAAGAACUGUGCUCAGUUAUCAGCGGCCAUCGCUUCGUAUGUGAAAGUGAAAUUUGAUUUCGACUAUAGUCGAAGGCAUUUUUGUGUAUGCAAAAUAAAUUCUUAUAGUCGUUUGUGUACGAGCUAAGUAGAAGAGAAGGGACGGUACGGUGCUGGUCCUUGCUAAACAAAUAGAAAACUGGCUCAAAACGACAAGUUAUCGUUUUUGUUGAAGAACAUGGAUGAGGAGGAGGAUGAAGUGACCGACCUGAAGCUGCAACUGUUUCACAAUACAGUACGAGAGCACAUUAUCUUCUUGCUGUUAAUCCUUAUGCUGUACUUCAGUUCAUAUGUGGUCGUCUGCCGUUUUCGUCGCAGAGAUCGCGACGAUCUAUAUUCAAAUGAUGAAGACGAAGUACUGAUAUAUCGCAUAAGCUUUUGGCUCUGCACCUUUACACUGGCUGUGGCCGAAGGCGCAGCCAUGUUGCUACCAGUGUCUAUAGCGAGCAACGAAGUGCUUUUGCUAUAUCCUAACAGUUACUACGUCAAGUGGUUAAACAGCUCUUUGAUACAGGGGCUGUGGAACCACGUUUUCCUCUUCUCCAACCUAUCGCUUUUUAUUUUCUUGCCCUUUGUCUACCUAUUCUCCGAAUCAACGGGGUUUGUGGGCUACAAAAAAGGCAUCCUAGCGCGAGUCUACGAAACCUUCACAGUAUUCAUGUUGAUGGCUAUCAUUGUCCUAGUCCUGACUGCCGUGCUUAGCGCUGUAUUUGGCAUUGAAAAGUUUCAAUUCUUCUGGUUUCUAAAUUUAGGCAGUGUUCACUUGCCGUUUCUUUAUUCAUGCGUAUCUUUUCUGGGGGUAAUUCUAAUGCUGAUUUGUACCCCUUAUGGCUUUGUGCGAUUGUUUGGCGUUGUCAACCAGGUGCUUGCAAGGCCGAUGCUGAUGCGAGAUGUGAAUGAAGAGUUCAGCGCCUUCUACAUGGAGGAAGCAAGCGUCAAACGAAAGCUGGCACACAUUGAACUGCACAAUGUGAGCAUCUCUGAGGCCAACAAUGGGCAUGGACGCGCAUUUAAUGGUAGCCGACGUCCUCUUAACUAUCUGUCGCAGCCGUUGUUACAGCACUCUUUGCAUCUGUAUCAGCGCAAGCCACUGACUGGAAAUAUGGACGAGCACCAGCACCAGCUCAAUGAAAGACUGAAAGAGUUAUACAGUGAGCGUAAGGAGCUGGACAAGAUGCGCAAGUCGAGCACCUUUCAACGCACCUUCGUCUAUCCACUUGCCAUGCUUUUACUUCUAUUCUGUACCGCCGUUACCAUACUGCUCGUGGUCCAAAACACUCUGGAGCUGCUCAUAGGCAUAAAAGCGCUGCCGUUGAGCACAAGACAAUUUACUUUGGGCAUUUCAUCUCUGUCUAAGCUGGGACCCGUUGGAGCCGCAAUGGAAGUAUGUCUAAUAUUUUAUCUUGGCGCCACAUCAGUUGUGGGCUUCUACAGCAUGCCCUUUAUGAGAAACGUGCGUCCGAAAUGGCGGAAAACUUCCCUGCCACAGUUGAUGUUAAACUGUGGCUUCAUGUUGGUGUUAUCAUCGGCAUUGCCACUGCUAAGCAGGAUUAUAGGCAUUACCAACUUCGAUCUGCUGGGAGAUUUUGGCGCCAUCGAAUGGCUGGGGAACUUUCAAAUUGUUCUGCUUUAUAACUUGGUAUUUGGCACCACGACUGCGCUGUGCCUGGUCAACAAGUUCACGGCGCCAGUACGGCGUGAGCUGCGGGCACGGUUAGUAGAAAACUAUGUGCUCUUUACGAACUACAUGAGUUUCAUCAACUGAUAUUUGAGGCAGCGACACGACAAAUCCUUAACAUGUGUACGCCAGCGUUAUGCUUUUAUGUUGCUAAAACGCUUUGUCGAGUCGCCUCGCUUUAGUUUAACUAGUUUCUAUGCCAAGUACCACGAUCUUAGUCGUAAGAGCAGUCGCAAAACCACCGCUAGUCGCCAGGCAAUCACGAUGGAGUUUUGAGAAAAAGAUAGAAAGCUGAAGACUCGAGGAGUCGUGAAUAUAAUUUAUACAGAACUGAUAUUUGUAUGUAAAUGUUGCGCUCUUCAUUGUUGUGCUUAAUUGUUGUAGUUUAUAUUGCAUAUACAUACAUACGUUAGUAAUGUUAUAGGAAGAUUUUUUUGUUUUCACAUUAUAAAUAAUUGCUCGUAUGUAUGUGAAUGAAAAUCUUUACAAGUUUCAUUCAAUUGCAACUUGUAAAAUGUAUUUCGAAUACUAACACUAUAGCGUACAACAACUGCUGACAACAGUGCGUAAAUAUAAUUGUAGAUGUUAUUUUUCUUAAAAUUUUUAAUACUCUGAGUCAGUCUUACGAUCCAUAUGAUAUGUCGAUAAUUUAAUUCACAACCAUUUCGACAUUUUUAUACUUGUAUUUAUUUAUAACACAUGUGGAAGGCAUACAAUUCAUGGUCAUUCUAAUUCAUAUACUAAUUAUUUAUUUUAAUAUAUAAUUACUUAUACAUAUGUAGCCCAACAAUGUUCCUUAAGUGCAUAUGCAAACGAGCGCUGAAGCGCAUCUCAUCAUUUAUUUGCAUAUUCAAACCAAUAAUACUUCACACACCUAAAAGCAUCUAAAAUAUAUGUGAUAAAAUAUAAAAAAUAAGAAAAUAA